CUUUUAUAUAUAUUCGGAUGGAACCCUGAAGGCCCGAAUUGUCCUCGAGCAGCCGUACCACAGUUCCCCAAUUUCUCGUGGCCUCUCUCUCUCCGCCCUCGAUCCGGAUCCACCGCAACCACGAUUCAUGCCCUCUUCCCUCGUCGAUCGUCGCCCUGAUCUCCCCUGGAUUGGCGUGGACUGGGUAUCCAUCCGGACUGGUUCCGAUUUCUUCUUUCCUAGUAUUCUUAUGGUUCUCAGAUUCAGCUUGCAAAAGGUUGAACAAAACUAGUAAAGAUGGCAUCAGAAGGGAAUAGAGAUGUACCUAACGAAGCCCUGUCCAUGGAGCAGUCAUCAACUUCUGGUGCAAAGCGCAAGCGUGGUCGCCCAAGGAAAUACGAGAACACUACAUAUGAACUACCACAGAGGGCACAACCGAUUCAAAGUGUCCCGCCUCUUCACAGCACACAAGGUGGCUCAAAUAUUCGUCAGGAUGGGGUGCAGGUCAGCCAUACAUCAUGUGACAGUGUUGACCCUAAAAUGUGCACGUUUCAGGUGUUGCCUGCACAGCAAGCCCAAGGUAAUCGGUCCGGACGACAUAGAUAUUCUACUAAUCUGGUUAAUAAUUCUGACAACCAAGUCUCCUAUUAUAGUAGUGCUCCUCUGCUAGGUAAUUCAGGCAAGGAUGACAUUCUUGGCAAGCACUUUGUUGGCAAGAUGACCAAGAAAUUUCCUGGUGUUUCCCUCAUUACGGUAAAAGUGAAGGACAAUCAGGUGCUCAGAGGUUGGGUUCCAGAUGAAAAUGAUCUCCGUCCAAUAACACCGAAGGAUGACCUUGCGCCAGAGCUCCCCAUGCUUCGAUUGAGUCAAGUUCGAAAGCGAGCAUCUGCCAUCCACAUGCAAACAGCUCCUACUGUGCCAAUCCAUUUGGAGGAUGUUACACUUGCAAAGCCUCUGCAGAUGAGGAGACCUGUUGAGAAAACUAUUGCUAAGCACACCGUCCCUCUCGCUCCGAGGACUUACAUGGGUUCUGGUGUUAUUGCAGCAGUACCUGUGUCAGUUUCACCCAGCAAUGCUGAAACUAGGACUUUGGCCAAGCAGGAUACUGAAUUUGUGAUCCAACCACCAUCAGUUGCUGCAGUGCCAUUUAAACCCAUUCGACCUGUAUUGGUGUCAUGCAAGCAAAUGGCUAAUCAAAAUGACCUUGUCGGAGAGAAGUCUGUCAAUGAGUUUCAGAAAGAUUCUGAAUCUUCAAAUGGAACCAAGGAGUCAUCAGUGAAAGCUGAAAAACCGAACACUGCUCUUGUGGAUGUAGUAGUCAAGGGUUCUCCAGGGGAAAGGAAACUGCGUAAUGUUCAAGUAACGGAUGCGGUUAGGGAAUCUUCCGGCCAAACUCAGCAUGCUGAUACAACAGUAAUAGACGAGACCAAGAUAGCAUCAGGCGCCAGAGAUCAGCCAAAUUCUGCAAAUAGUGAGCAUCAGAGUUCUAAGGAACCAUCAGACAUCAAGGAACAAACUGAGCAGCUGAAGACAGACUGGUGUCCUGAAAGGAGUUGAUGGCUCAAAGUAAGGUGCCUCAGAUGACGUUCACUCUGUAUCGUGAGCAUGAAACGAGGGUUGACAGCAAAUGAAAGCAGAGAUCAAGAAACACAACACAGUGCCUGGUGUUCGGUGAAAGUUUGCAUUCUGGAAUGCUUCUGCCAAGCUUGCCAUAAUCUCAUAGCGGGAUGUGGAGCUGGAGUUUUAGUGAAUGGCUUAAUGCUUUAGGUGUAGACUCCUAUCAUUACAUUUUUGUUUUCUUCCUCUCCAAGUAUAGGUGAGAUAUUCAAUAGAGAUACAGUCACCUAGCACAGAUAGAAUUGCGAACAGGGAAAAAAAAGUAACAUACUUGAUGUUCGUAGCCCAUCAUUUAGGAAGAUGACAUGGAUCUUCAGCUUUUAUUGUACUCUGGAUCUUGUAAUAUGGCUUGUGACAAUUAAGCUUUAUUCCCAGGCAUCUGCUACAUUGCUGCUAUAUGACUAUUGGCAUUUGCUA